UUUGCAAGAAAAACAAUGCAAAAGAGGCCUACAAUAUUUUCCUGAAAAUGCAAGGGAAGAAUGAGUUUCAUUAUCGUUCUUAUGACACCCUGAUAAAAGCAUUGUUAACCCAGGGUUGUCUUGAAGAAGCCAUCAAAGUGAAACACAUUGCUGAGACCCACAUCAAGGGCUUCACACUGAACAGUGCUGCCAGCAGCCUCCUCAUCAUAUCGCAAGUUAGGCGGGAUUAUUUGAAAGAUGCAGUAGCUGUUCUAAAAGGAAUGCUUGACAGUGGCCUGUUGCCUACUAGACCAGCAGUUACUGCACUCAUUCAGACUCUGGCUGAAAAAGGAGAUCUAAAGAACCUGCAAGCACUUAAAAACAUGCUGGAAGACAUCACAAAAUCGAUUGGUGUAUCUGCCUCACUAAUUGCUAAUGCUAUUGCAUUGGCUCAUACUAAAAACAAUGACCUUGAUGCUGCUGUGGAAUGCCUUGAACCUCUGCUUAUCUCUGGUGCACAGAAUCCUGAUCAAGCUGUCAAAAGUAUUUCCUAUUUGUUAAGAAAGGUGUCUGAGGAAGGAUUAGAACCAGCUUUGGAAAAAUUUGGUGUGAUGGCAGAACGACUGGCCAGUCAGUUUGGAAUUUACAGACCUGUCACAGAGCUUUUCCUUCAAUAUGUCAGUGCAGACAGAGCGGAUGAUGCCAGAUCGCUGGUACAGAGGUGUGGCGCACUAGUUGAGGAGAAGAGCACUUUAGUGAGUUUUAUGGCUAGAUCAGCAUCUAAACCUGGACAGGCAAAGAAGAUUGAGACACUUCUAGAACUGAUUCCUGAGCAUCUAGACGCAGAAACUGCGUACCAUUACCUCAUGAAAUGUUAUGAAUCGGAUGGGGAUAUUGCUUCUGUAAUGGCUGUGUAUGAGAAAACAAAAGCGAAGAAUAUACAGCUGCAUGAGCUAUCUCUGAAAUCUUUAGCGGCUUUUCUGAAGGAAGCAGGAGAGCCUGUCCCUUUCACUGAGCCCCCUGAGACAUUCAAGUUCUAUGUGGAAAAAUGGAGGAACAGAAGAUUGGAAGCAUCAUGAACAGACAGUCUUUUAUGCUUUAGUUUAUGAAAUUGUUUAAAUAUUACAUUCAAUAAAAACU